AUGUUUGCUGGGGAGCUGCCACAUUGGCUUGGGUCGCUCCCAGUAUUAUCUGCUCUUAGUUUGAGGAAGAACAUGUUCAAUGGGACAUUACCUGAUUCAUUAAGCAAUUUGGAGAAUCUCAGAGUUCUUUCACUUUCACACAACUACUUCUGUGGUGAAGUACCGGACUUUAGCCGGUUGACCAACCUUCAGGUGCUUGAUUUAGAAGAUAAUGACUUUGGGACCGAGUUUCCUCAGCUCGGGAACAAGUUGGUCACUUUGGUUUUGAGCAAGAACAAGUUGGUCACUUUGGUCACUUUGGUCACUUUGACUUUGGGCCUACUGAAAUAA